AUGAUUGAUUGGAUGAAUCGGGUAUUUCGGAUAUUUAAAUUUUCUCGCCACUCUCAGGGUUUACGUAUACUUGGUUACACAUUAAAAUCAUGCGCCAGUGAACUUGGUUUUCUUGUAUUUUCACUAGCCAUGGCAAUAAUUAUUUUUGCAACAAUAAUGUAUUAUGCGGAAAAAAAAGUUAAUGAUACCCGAUUCACCUCAAUACCUGCUGCAUUUUGGUAUACAAUUGUUACUGUAAGUUGA